GACAAGCUCAAGGACCGCCCCGUUGACCAGCUGCCUUAAGCUUGUUUGGGUGCAGCUGCGUUCACGGGCUAGCAUUUGGGUUCUGGCCCAUACAAUGUUCUCAAAAGAGGCUACGAUGCGGUUGGAUCUCGCUAGCGCUUGACGACAUAUCAUGAAGUUAUAGAUGACGGUAUGCCUUUUGUCUCUGAACCCAAUGGAGACCGCGUUCGUCCAAUUUUCCUAUUCUCUCUCUCAAAAAAAAAAGCAUCCUAUUACCUGCUUGAUGCACAGGGAACCGGCUCUAGGAAACACGGCGAGGGUUAAUCACCUGGUCCGCGCCGACGGGCUGGCUUUUGUUUUUCCUUCAUCUUUCCGGCAUGGCAGGUUUUUGUUUUGCACUGCUCCUUAUUUACACGCUCAAACUUUUCUUUGCGGUGGCGCCAGGUGUCAAGGGAAAUCAGGGAGAGAGGCGUAGAGGUAUCUCUUUAUUUCAUGUUCCUCCGUGCAGAGGGCCUCAAAGGUAUGGUUAGGUUGCGGUUUCUCAUUGUUUACCCCCCCCCACGGUUCGGCACGGAAUUUAUCAUUACUGUUCUAUUGCUGCUGCUCUCUCCAGAUAUCGGAUUCUGCGCACAAUCAAGCUCGGUGCAUGGUGUGAAUGAUACAAGGAGAGAAGAUGUAUGUCAGUUACUGUGUGGUCGUUAUGAAGAAACGGCUUUAGCGAAAGAGAAAACAACAAAAACGGUGAUCCACUGGGAGGCAAUGAACGCAUGUCGUGGGAAGGUUGGGGAAAAGUACUACUGUACAUACAUACAUUCUGACGGAUUACAAAGUCCUCAUCUGAAUGGACUGAUUUUCAGUUCGAGGCACACGGAAUGGGAAGCAUAUGCAUGAAGCAAGUGCCUGAG